AUGGAGAAGAUCGAGCAGUACAGUGGAAGGAUUCAGCUGAAGCUCUCUAUGGAAUCACGUGGAUACGAAAAGCUCAAGAUAAGCUUCAUCCAACAACAGAAUACGUAUACUUUGAUCGGUUAUCGUUUUUCUUUUGUGACCGGAGCUGUGCUUGAUGAACUUUCGGGCGAGAAUGGCUGCAAGGAUUUCGCUGCAUCGAGCAACGCACUAGUUCCGAAGCACAUUUUACGAUUAUGCAAAUCGGAGAUGUGUGCGAGACAUCUGAUGGCCAUCUGGACGGGCCAGUUCUCAUGCGCACGGCAUUCCAACUAUGAACCACCGCCUCUGCCACCUCUACAAUUCGAACUAAAUAUUGGUGACUUUCUGUCCGAAUUCGACGCCAUUUCGUUGGUUGAGCAUCUGGACGCAGUUGUCUCGAAAUUCAAGGAUGCGACGAAAUCGUCGUUGCGGCGGCUUCACUACGUCACCACUGUCGCUUUGCCUGAAGCAAUCAUCUUUGCAAUCACACAGGUCAGCGAUACUUUAACUAUAAAGCAGCAGCAUAGAUUUAAGAGAAAGCGUAUGAUGGCUGUUUUACCGUGA